AUGGCGGGAGACAAGGUGUCGAUCCCGCAACUCUGUGGUGAGAACUGGUCAACGUGGAAGGCCAAGUUCCGUGGGCUUCUUGCAUACAAGGGAUGGCUGUGUGCAUUGGAGGAGCCGGAGUCCGUGGAAGGAAAAAAAGUGUCAAGCCAAGCAAGGGGGCUGAUGCUGAUCCACACGGAAGAUGCUUAUAUGAAAUUGAUUGAGGGUGAACCCACUGCGGGGAAAGCGUCGAAGAAGUUGGAGGACAACUUUGAGAAGAGGAGCAAUGCGCGCAUGAUUCAGCUCAGGAGGAAGCUGACGGGUCUAAGGUUGACCAAGGGGAAAGCCGUUGCAGAGUACCUAGGGGAAUUCCGGGAGCUCAAGAUAGAUUUAGAGGCGGCGGGACAAACCGUCUCAGACCGUGAGCUGGCCGUGCACGCUUUGGAAGGUUUGCCGGAGGAGUAUGCCACUGUUGUGGAGUUCUUGGAGCUUGGGGAAGAGGAGCUAACCCUAGAUGAGAUCCAGCCAAAGCUAAUGCAGAGAGAGCAAAAGCUAAAGUUAAGGGCUGAAGCGGGGUCCUUGAAGGGGACUUCGGGUGGGGAUGAAGCUGUGGCGUAUGUCGCCAAGCAUAGGGGCUACUCGAGCUCAGAGAAGGGCCGGGGAAGCUCAAACGAGCUGGGAAGAAGCUCGGAGGUGAGAGGCGGGAGCUCAAAUCCGCCAACGUGCUUUUGUUGUGGCAAUGUGGGCCACAUGAAGGCAAAGUGCAGCUUGCGCGAUGCGGAGUGCCGCAAGUGCGGCAAGAGGGGCCACACAGCGGUAGUGUGUCGGCAUAGUGCGCGCGCAAGUGGCCGCGCAGAGGAGAGAGAGUUUGCAGGCAAUACAAAAGGGGUAGCCUUUACGGCAUGGGGCGACGACGAGGAUGUGCGCAAUGGGGUGUGGAUUGUCGACUCGGGCAGCACCCAGCAUGUCACGGCCGAUCGGAGCCAGUUCACGAGCUACAGAGAGCUUGUGCGUGACGAGAAGAUCGUGGGGAUCUGUGGUAUUAAACUUUAUGGUUAUUUCCUUGCGAGGGGUCCGGUCAAGGGGAACCGGGUGUGCGCCACGGCAAAGAGGCCGGUAAGAGCGGAAAGCGUGGUGAAAAAGACGGUGAAGGUCGUGGAGAUCGACCUAGACGAGUCGGACGACGAGAAUGAGGGCGUCGAACGUGAGUGGGAAACUUUUGUGGGGGCGGAUGAGGUGCCGCGCACAUGUUCACAAAAGCUCCCAAAAGGGGCGGAGUUUGAAACGGCGCGCGAGGGGGACGCGCACGCGCCCGCGACGAACCGCGGCCGCGUCGCGCGCACAGUUUCAAAGAAAGGCCAAAGUGGGCCGAUUGUGGAAACGAUGCGCGCAAUUGUGGAGGUGUCCGAGGAGAUCGGAGAGGGCAAGGAGAGCCCGGAGACGGCGGUAGAGAGCAAGCCUGCCGGUGUGGAGCAGGCAACGGAGAAGCCUGUAGUGGAGUCCCAAGAGUUGGGAAGAUAUCCUGCGAGAGUGCGACGGGAGCCCGCUGAGUGGUAUCGGGCAAAUGUGAAAGCCGUGGGAGCCGAAGAGCCAGAGCACGGAGUGGAGAAGACGUCGCCGGAGAAGAGCGGCGAUGGCCACAGUGAAGGCGUGUGGGUGACGCCAAAGGCGAAGAAGACAGCCCGUAAAAGGAGCAUGACGAGUUAG